UUUGCAGGUCAGCAUAUCCUUUUAUAAACAAUAAUACAUAUAAAACCAUCAGGAUGUCGGCAACAGCAACUAAGGCCAUUGGAAUAGUAAAAGACGUAUCACCAUUAUACUAUAGAAUACUUUCAAAGUUUCCCCAAAACUUUACCUUUUGUUUUGCUUACGGAUCUGCGGUGAAACCACAAAUCGGAAAUGAAAAGAAACAUAAUAUGAUAGAUUUGAUCUACUGUGUUGAGAAUUCCUAUAGAUGGCAUGGUGCUAACUUAGAAAUAAAUCCCUCUCAUUAUUCAGCUUUACGAUUUCUUGGAAAAGGAUUUGUUGCAAGAUUUCAGGAGAACUGGGGUGCCAAGGUAUAUUUUAAUACUUUAGUUGACAUUGCGGAAGAAAAUGUUACAAUAAAGUAUGGUGUUGUUUCUCAAAAGGAUUUAGUAACUGAUUUGUUGGAUUGGAACUAUCUAUAUUUGGCUGGUAGACUUCAUAAACCUGUAGAAAUAAUAAAACAAACUAACAGUUCUCAGUUGCAAAGUGCAAUACAGUCCAACUUACGAUCAGCUGUGCACACAGCUCUAUUAAUCUUACCAGAAACAUUUUCUGAAUAUGACUUCUACUUUGCAAUUUCAAACUUAAGCUAUGCUGGGGACUUUAGAAUGACUUUUGGAGAAAAUAAAAAUAAAGUUAGAAACAUAGUGCAGCCACAGUUGUUGAGUUUUAGGGAGUUGUACAGACCUGUAUUGCAACAAUUCCAUGCUUAUGUAGACUUUCCUACUGGAGAUGUGCAGUGUCAUCAAGAUCUACACCCUGAGACCAAACUGCAUCAUCUUAUGCAGCUGCCAAUGGUCCCGCAACAAAGAAUGGUUAAAUUUUGGAACCAUGGUGGACCACAACAGGAUAUGGAAGAUGUUCUUCGAGCUAUUGCUUAUGAUAUAGAUUGUUCAGUGAUCUUAAGACAAAUUCUUAAAGACAUAGUGUGGCAAUCAAGUGUAAGACAAUCUCUGAAGGGCAUACCAACUGCGGGAGUUCUAAAAUCAAUCAAAUAUAGUGCUAAAAAGAUAGCUAAGAUGUUUUAAAUGAUUUAGUUUUUGUGUAUGUACCGUGUAGAAUAAAGGUAAUGAAUAACAA